AUGCCAGAGUCCACAUCUCAAUCGGUUCGCUCCGGUGUUCGUCGCCGCGCCCAGACCUCUCCACAUCCCGCAAACGAUGACCGAACACAAGGAACCUGCUCAUAUUACCCGGCGGAUUUAGGAGGCUGUCGAGCGCCUCGUAGUUGUUUUGACUGCCUCAACUCAGAGCUCGAGAAGGAGCCGGACGGCUGCAUGGUCAACGAAGUCGGACGAUGCGUCUCCAUUCAGGGCAACUACGAUAAUUCACUGGAUUUCCGACUGGAAUUUCCAGCAGCGAACACAACCUAUUGUGAAGCCAACGACGUGCUGUUCAGUGCAGAUCUACUCACUGGUGGUGGCUUCAUGUACGGCACUAAGGGCUGCGUAUUUGUCGGAGUGUGCGAAGUUCCGAAUUGGAUUUACGUCGUUGGUUACGUGGUGUUUUGGUGUGUUGCGAUCGCAAUCAUUCUCACGCUUGUGGCAACUUUGGCCAUGGUGAUCACGAUUCACCACCAUCGCAAAGGUAGAACGGAGGAAUUGCAACGGCAAAGAACGAUCGUUAUUGGAGAGCCAAUUGCCAGUUCACCAAGCAGCAAAACUGGCAAAAGUGGCACACAACUUUUGAACUUGAUCGGCUGGGAAGCCAUGCGCGCCGAUCUCAUCGAGAAGGAACGUCAAGAUGUCCAAAGUCGCGUUUGCAUACAGCCAUGCCCCGUUAUCGACAGCAAUCUUCCUAGUUUUUCUCCGUCGGCGCAUUAUCUUCAACUCGUAGGGGCUGAACCUUCAGCACCUGUAAUGUCGCCCAUAAACUCAUCCGCUCCACGUUUUCCAGACUGCUAA